GAUAAAUCCGAGUUUACCUACGUUUACGGUACCGUACUUUUCCUACCUACUAAAUUGGAAGGGAACAUGUACCUCUAACAUGCAAUCAGUUGAAAUUGUAAUGAAAUGACAAGGUCAUAGUUCCAUGAAAUCCGUACAAAAACGCGUGUCGUACCAUUUUGUUUAAUAACAUUUUGUUUAAAUUAACAACACGCAAACUCGUGAAAUUUAAAUAAAUAUUGCCGAUUCACCAAAUAUCGUAUAUUAGAUGUACUCUACUAUACAAUAACAAACUCGGUUUUAGAGUUUAGAGUAUUAUAUUAAUUCGUGGAAUAUUACCAAUUGCGAAAUGUGUAAAUUGUGAAAAAGACUGUUUUCAAACGAGACUACGACAAACGUAUUUUGUUCCCCUUCGUUGAUACUUGUUUAUAAACUUACAUGAACUUUUUUUUUCGACUUAGUGCUGUGUCUAUAUUUAAUCGUGUUCGCAAAAAAUUGCACAGUCUUCAUAUAACUUUAAAUCUGUUUCGGGUUCAGUCGGUUAAUAUGGGUUUGCUAACUGAAGGUAGCCCACUGUCUUGGGAGGAAACUAAAGCUUUGGCAGAGCACGUACGACAACAUGGUGUAGAACAAUUCAUUAAUUUGUACAGAAAACUUCAAGAUCGCACUGGUGAUGUUCUUAAGUGGGGUGAUGAGGUGGAGUAUGUGAUAGUGAAGUUCGAUGAUAAGAAUGAAAGAGCCACAGUAAGUCUUAGGGCAAAUGAGCUAUUGCCCAAGUUACAAGAAAAAGAACUUGCAGACCCACAGAAUGUAAAAUCCCUAUGGCGGCCGGAGUAUGGAGGCUACAUGGUAGAGGGUACCCCAGGAAAGCCAUAUGGAGGACUUUUAGCACAUUUCAACAUUGUGGAAGCCAAUAUGCAGUAUCGCCGAGCCGAAGCCAGCGCUCUGUUGCAGGAUGGUGAAGUUAUAAUGAGUAUAACUAACUUUCCUAGAUUGGGUUGUACAAACUUCACAAGUCCACCUUAUAAACCAACUCCUAAUGAAGGCGUUACCAGAUCUCAUUAUUUCCCAGACGAGGGAAUAUAUCAAGGACAUCCAAGAUUUAAGACUCUGACUUCAAAUAUAAGACUGAGAAGAGGCGAAAAGGUUGCUAUAAAUAUACCAGUGUUUCGUGAUGUAAAUACAAAGAUACCAGUGGAUAACUCUCAUACACUUGAGCCGGAUGCAGCAAAGCCAGAUUGCGUGUAUAUGGACGCAAUGGGUUUCGGUAUGGGCUGUUGCUGUUUGCAACUCACCUUUCAAGCAUGUUGCAUUACCGAGGCACGCACUCUGUACGAUCAGCUAGCCCCUUUAUGUCCAAUAAUGUUGGCGUUAUCGGCAGCGUCGCCCAUAUACCGUGGCUACCUCACCGACGUGGAUUGUCGUUGGAACGUAAUUUCUGCAUCUGUGGACUGCCGCACGCGCGAGGAGAGAGGCCUCGAGCCGCUCAAGAACAAUAAGUUUCGAAUCCAAAAGUCGCGCUAUGAUUCAAUCGAUUCCUAUCUCUCACCACAAAAUGAAAAAUACAACGACAUUCCAAUCGUGCACGACCAGAACAUCUACAAACGACUCCGCGAGGGCGGAAUCGACCACCCCCUCGCCCUGCACGUGGCACAUCUCUUCAUACGAGACACCGUCUCUCUCUUCUCUGAAAAAGUUCACCAGGAUGACGAAAACGAUACUGAUCAUUUUGAGAAUAUACAGUCGACGAAUUGGCAGACCAUGAGGUUCAAGCCGCCGCCUCCGAACUCUUCGAUCGGUUGGCGCGUAGAGUUCCGCCCCUGUGAAGCUCAACUCACGGACUUCGAGAACGCGGCCUACGUCUGCUUUGUUGUCCUGCUCACACGGGUCAUACUCUCCUAUCAACUCAAUUUCGUCAUGCCCAUCAGCAAGGUGGACGAGAACAUGCAGCGUGCCCAGCGUCGAGGCGCGUGUCUGAAUGAGAAGUUCUGGUGGAGGCGUGACGUGGGCGCGCCACGCGACGUCGCGCCGCCGCACAGCGACGCCACCGACGAGUACCACGAGAUGUCCAUCAACGACAUCGUCAACGGAAAGGAGGGCGUGUUCCCCGGACUGAUCCCGCUGAUCGAGUCGUACCUGUCCGGGAUGGACGUGGACGCGGACACGCACUGCUCCGUGCAGCAGUACCUCAAGCUCAUCCAGCGCCGCGCCGCCGGGGACAUCGUCACCACGGCCUCCUGGCUGCGAGCCUUUGUCACUAACCACCCGCAUUACAAGAAAGACUCCGUUGUGACCGAGAAGAUUAACUAUGAUUUGCUCAAGACGGCGCACGGAAUACAGGACGGCAGUAUCCCCGCGCCGACGCUGCUGGGCGGCGGCAACGUUUCGAAAACAAACGAAGACAUUCCUAAAGCAUUCACAAAGAUGAUGAGCAGGGAUUGCUCUUAACCCACUGGAUAGCGUUACACCGCGUGUAGUGCCUUGUGUGCUGCAAUUGCACUCGACUUAGACCUACUUAGAUACUUUUAGUGGUACUUACGGUUGCCUUAUACAUGUUUACUUCUACGAAUAUCUAAAAUUCCGUACACGAUAAUUAUUGUUGGACACGCGUAAUAUUUGUAGUUCAAUUACAUACUAUAGUAGAAUUAUUUUGUCCGUGCAGUUUGGGUCAUAAAAAAUCGGAGCGGUGAAGCGAGUAUUUCGAUCUCUCUUCCACUCACGAGCCUUAUGGACGGGCAUAGUGAUGCGCAUUAUUGUUGUCGAUAAGCGUUAUCGAUACUGUAUUUAGUUUUGUCAUUUUGUGGGUUAGUGAUAAAAAUGAAAGAAAAAAUCACUAAUCGAACACUUACACCACAGCAAGUUAGCAAGAACGAUUUCACUUUGUAACUUUUCGGUAUCUAUUCUUAUUUCAGUGAAAAAGUUUAACACAAUAUUAUUUUGAAUAAAUUCUGCCGUUUUGAUACAAAACAAAGGAGUAGAUAUUGUGUCACUAAAGAAAUUCAGAGAACGAAUGCCUAAAAACACAUUUCUCUUCGACAUAAUAUACUAUAAUUUGCAGGUAGGUACAACAAAUGACUCAUAACAUAACAGUGUCUCACCACCCCUCGUAUACUGCCCCGCCGCCGUGUACCUGCCUUCGAUGACUCAUUUGUUUUUAUCGAUAAUGGUGAUGCGCCCGCGCAACAUGCUCACCGCCCUAGCCGGGCUAUGUUUUAUGACCCAAACUGCACGGACAAAAUAUUUAUACUAUAAUGCGGCUUAAUGUCGCGUUUAUUAUUUUCAUUUUAUAAUUUCAAAGUUUAUGUUUGUUUUUAAUUCGUUAUCGGCAUCAGCUAUAAGCCGAUGUGGCAGUUAAAAUAUUUAUAAUUAUGAAAUCAAAUGAAUAAACUCGAUAUUAAAUCUUAAAUAUAGUAUUAAUUAUGUGUACGAUUCGCGUAAUGUUAUUAUUAUGUAUACUUGUAGUAAAUACAAUAGAAAGAUUCUAUUAAAAAUUCAACAUUCCCUGUAGUGAAGGCUGUUGGUAAUGUAAUGUUUCGAAUGUUCUAAAUCUUGUUGAUUUGAAAAGGAAAUAUGAGAAGAAACAGAUGUAGUUUAGUUUAUGAUUUAUGGUUACCAUAGUUUUACCGUCAUCGUGCAUUAUAAUGUUUAAUUCAAUAGUAAUUUUAUAUAUAUUUCAGUUUUGUUACAUGAACAUAAAGGUCUGUUUCAUACAAGCAGAGUAUCUUGAUUACGAAAAGCAUCCGAGGUGUUUGUUAAAACACCCUUGUGCCAUCAGUUCUAUCCCGAAAAAUUGAUAAUUUUGUUUCUUACAGUUCUAGAACUUUCUUUAAAUAUCUCGUGCCGUAUCGCUUUAUAAUAGUGCUUAUCUAAAUAGAAAAGACACGCCUUUCUCAAUAACUUUAAUAUUUGUUUUGGUGAGCAGAUGAGCUAGUCUCAAUUGUAGUUCUUCCAAUCAUUAUACUCGACUGCUUUGCCUCAGAUGUAGGCCGACCACCAGUGAGUGCUCCUCGAAAAUUGUUGUCCAGGCCUCUUGUAUCCGUCUAUAACAGUGUUUCCCAACCUUGUUUGUGCUAUGCCCCACUGUAAUAUUUCUAUAAUGUUUAUGCCCCCUAUACAUAAUGUUUAACAUUACAAAAUUGAUUUGUUCACUUAAGAAACAUAAAGGUUAACAUAAAAAGGAAACCAUAGGUUUUAGAAAUAAAUCACUAUGAUAUUGUUAUCAGAAUACAGUAGUAAUAUUUCAAAACAUAUAAUAAAAAACUGAAAUUCAAAUUUAAAAUGAUUUUAAUACAGAUUUUCUAUAUUAAUUUAGUGCGAUUGGCCCCCUUAAUUAUCAAAUUGCCCCCUUGUGGAGCGUGGGCCCCACGUUGGGAAACAUUGGUCUUAUAACGUAUAUACACAAAUUUACUGCGGCGCAGUAUUUGUAUUAAUACAUUUGAAUAUAGCCUGGCAUAGAAACCCCUUUUGCGAUAAAGGCGCUCAUUAAGAAAGAAAUUUGCAUAAAUUGUAUCUGGAAUGGACUUUUCAUCUACGACAGUAUAAUACUUAACGGCAACGCAUUAGUUCAGUUGACAAAAGUUGACAAAAGUUGCCGCGAUAACCGUUUCUAUAGGACUCUUUAUUUAUGAAUUAGAGCGUGGCACAAGGACCCCUUUACCGCAAUUUUUUAACAAAUUCAACAUUUUUAAAAGGUUAGAUACUGUGAGAAGUCAAGAGUAAACUACAAAUAAAAUUCAAAAAAGUUAAUAAAUUUGCAAUGUGAUUGAUGGUUGUGUCUGUUAUCAACGUUGUUCGAUUUUCUUAAAAUAAAUUUUAAAUGAGCAUACAUUUAUAAACUGGAAUAAACUGGUGCUCUGAUACCGAAAUUGAAUGUGUUUAACACAUUUAAACCAGUCUAAAAAAUAUGGGUGCGUGUAACACCUGCACCCAUUCACGCACGCACGCUACACACGUACUCAAUCUCGCACACAACCACACACACCCACCACCCACCCACACGCAAAUCGUAAAUACACUUGACAUUUUUCAGUAUUUCCGAAGUAGUACUAUUAAACGAAUAUUUUUUUCUGAAAGCUGCAUCGACAUUAUUUGUUGCAAAAUUACUCUAUUAAAUAUUUUAAGAAUCUGAUAAGAGUGAGAAUAUCGUGCUAUCUCCUUUACACAAGGGCAGCGUAAUGGCAUUGAAGUCAUGAAUUGCGAUAUGCAUCUGGAACUAUUCUAACCUACUGACGCCAGUUGGAAAGGUUUUUAAGUUAUUCAUUCAUAUCUGAAAUUGAGCAUAGUUAAUAAUGACAAAUAUCAAGACAACAUUGUGUCCUUUUCGCACACAAGUUUCAUUAUUUGGAAUUAUCUGUGUAUUCUACUUAAGUACUACUAGAAAGUUGGCUUUAAAAAUGAAACUAUUAACUAAUUUAUGUACUUAAGUUAAAUGGCAUUUACACAUAAAAUUUAAUCGAAAUUAAUUUAAAAAAGGCGGCUGGGUAAAAACGAAUGGUCUCUGUUAAACAGUGGUUGUUAAAGUGUACUAAAUGCUUCUAAAACAAUAUUUAAAAACGGCUGGUCCGUUACAUUAUUAAUUUUAAUUAUAUACUACAGUAUGUAAUUUAAUAUAAAACAAUAUGUAACUUUGAAAACAGUGUGCUUAAAAAUAUUGUUUUAGUGUUUUAUAAAAUGUUAGUGUCAUCCAAAAUUAUUCAUUGACUAGCAUCGCAUUCCAUCACAAUAUCUGCGAUAUAUCUCGCUCUAUUAACGUAAUGUUUACCGGGAUAUUAAACAGAUUUCUAGUUGUCUUGAUAGUUUUACCUGUUCCACUAGAAUGAGUGGUUAGCUUGUCUCAACUUGUCUGACUAUGUUAUUUCUUUGCAGACUGUAAUGUCACAAUCCUGGUAUUAAAUAUAUCUUAAAUAAAAUUACUUAUUUUAUGAUUUAAUCGCCUUUAAAAUUCUCGAAAAGUUAUUAUUUCGUUUCGUCACUAUUUAUAAAUUAUAAUAAUAAUAUAAUUAUUAUCAUCACUUGAGCACAAAUUUUCAUUAUUUUGAAAUGUUUCAUUAAAUUUUGGAUGUUGGUAUGCAAUAAUUUACAUGAAUUAGACUACUUAUUAUGUUAUGGUUGUUGCGUAUUUUAUAUUAUUUUCUUCACUGUUAGUGAUUAUUUCUUAAAUAAAAAUAUGAAUCCUA